AUGGGCAGGUCGGAGCGCCAUCGCCAUUUCACUUCAGGUCGAGGGAUAGCCGUACUGCAUUGCAAGAACGAGGACGGGAACAGGACGGACGGACUAAAUGGAACCUGGAAACGAGUAUGCCCAGAGAUGUCGAGUCGAUGUUCGAGCUCACGUUUGUCCGCGCACCCGUUGGAAGAGGUGCCGGUGGGGGUGGGGGUGGAACGAAGAGGGGCAGGAGGAAAAGGACGGCAGGUGGGCAGGAAGCGGUGGGGAAGGCAGCUGGGGGCCGGGGCUAUAGGUGUGAGCGGGAACAGCCAUGACUUUAAGUUGGAGCUAGCGCGCGUCAUCCUUCAUGAGCCGGCUCUUGAAACCCUCCUGACCGUCGCCCACGCGAAUAUCGGUGCGCUCAUCCUCCUCGGAGUUUCGCGUUUCCGUGGGGGACGCGUUAACGGCAUUCCUUUUCUUGCUCCCAACAUCCACCUCGUUUCCGCACCACACCUUCCUCGUUCCGAGUCCUCUUUCCUCCAUUUCACUCUUCAAACUUCACUUUUCAACGCCGCUGAGCACGAUGACAGGAAGAGAGAUGACGAGGCAAGAGACACAGAGACGAGGAAGACAACAAAACUCCGAGUGGAAGAUACUAGGAGUUGGAGGGGGCUGAAUGGCGGCCGUCUUCAGGCGCGUGUUCGAGAGCUGCAUGCCCCGAAAAUCAGCAGGGUCAACGUCCUGAGUGUACCCCCGGACGACCGCACGCACCUCAUAUCUUCGCUUAACGAACCUGUUGGGUAA